AUGUCCCUGCAAGGUGCAAUGUCAAAGGCGCAAAGGGAUCUGUCAUGCAGAUCGAACGAACUGGGCACAACCAGCUCUUCAUCCACGUCUGCUGCUUCAAGCUCAAGCGUAUCUCCUCGGCCUACUGAGGAUGUAGAAGCUCCUUUCCGGCCGGAGUACAUUGGCUACUUGUCAGCCGGAGCUUUUGGCCUAGGUGUAGGUGUCGCACUCGUCUUGACUCUGAGAAGGGGUCGUCGACUUGAGGCGCAAGAAGCUGCGAAUGCUCUUGCUGCUGGCACGACCUCUUCUCUCGACCACUCUGCCGGUCGCACCGUCCACAGCACAGCGUCUGCUGCUUUGCGCAACGAUGUCAAAGGCAAAGCUAAGCAAGUCGACGUGCUCGAUGCUCGCAAUUCGACCAACAUGCCGAACAGAUCAAGCUCCAACGAUUUGCCUGAAGGAAAGGGCGUGCUGGCCCUCUUUAGCGCUUUUAACAAGGCAGCCUUUAUCCCUUCGGCUCGUAAAAAUCUGAUCGGCACAUCACCGGCCAAAGAUGCGAGCGUUCCAAGCUCAGUGUUCGAUACGCCAGCAGGUGCUCCGCCGCCUGGCGCGUUGACACGUCGCAAAGCCCCACCGAACAGAUCACCAGCAGGGCCCAGGGUCGCAUCGAGAUCCGUCGUACUGGAUGCGGAGCCUGUCCCACCCAAGGCUCAGCAGCAGCAAGCUCGAGAUGAUGGCGCUUCCCCCGUACUCUUGGCCAUCAAGGCUUUCGCUUCUGCCACGGCUCUGGUCGGUGCGGCUGCUUGGUUGACCGUAGAGAUAGGUCGACGUGCUCUAGGCGUCAAGAAUAUGGACGACCUCGUUGUGGUCUUGUCUAGGAUAUUUCCAAAAGGCAACGCUGCCGUUUUGGCUGGGGUAGGCGAAACAGCGAGAGAGUCUCUUUCCGGCUCUGGUCCGGCAGAAAUUUACAAAGCCGGCGACAUUUCUGUCGAAGACCUUCCUCAGGAGUUCCUCGGCGAGCAUGCAGUGCUGGAGCCAUUACCUGUUUCAGAAGCUCUCAGACGUCUAGACGCAGCCGCGAAGGAGGGCAAAGGCGAGGAGUUCUGGAGUCUGCUCUCGCAUCAACUCGGAGCUGAGAGAGUCCGCGAAGUGCAAGAACGCAGAGAAAGGCGAGCUCGGGCGGGAUAG